AAAGUUUAGCACGUCAAACGGCCACGAAUAUCUCGGUCGCCAAUUGCUGUAUACUCUUACCUUCGCCUUCGCCGCCGCCGCCGUACAGUCUAGAGAGAACCGGCACAGCCGCCGCAGUCCGCAGAUGUCGAUCGUGGUGGCAUCGGAGGUCGCGACCGCUCUCGCGAGCCGCGGCGCGGUCGUCGCCCUCGAGUCCACCAUCAUCUGCCACGGUAUGCCGUACCCGAAGAAUCUCCAGAUGGCCAUGGAGGUGGAGGCCAUCAUCAGGGACAACGGGGCUAUCCCUGCAACCAUAGCCGUCCUGGACGGAGUCCCUCACGUCGGCCUUAACAACGAACAAUUGAAGAGAUUGGCUAUAAGUGGAAGGCAAUUUCAGAAGACGGCUAGAAGGGAUAUUGUCCAUGUCAUCGCAUCUGGUGGCAACGGCGCAACAACAGUUUCGGCCACUAUGUUCUUUGCUCACAAGGUUGGCAUACCAGUUUUUGUUACUGGGGGCAUUGGAGGUGUGCAUAGACAUGGUGAACAAACUAUGGAUGUCUCCUCAGACUUAACUGAACUUGGAAAGACUCCUGUAGCUGUUGUAUCGGCAGGUGUGAAGUCCAUUUUGGACAUACCGCGGACACUUGAAUACCUGGAAACUGAAGGGGUGACUGUUGCUGCUUACAGAACCAAUGAAUUUCCCGCGUUCUUCACAGAAAUUAGUGGAUGCCAGGUGCCAUGUCGUGUUGAUUCUCCAGAAGAGUGUGCCAAAAUAAUAUAUGCAAACAAGAACCUACGUCUUGGUUCUGGGAUUCUUAUUGCAGUACCGAUCCCCAAGCAGCAUGCAACUUCAGGGAAAAUUAUAGAGUCUGCAAUACAGACAGCUCUAAAAGAGGCAGGGGAUAAAAGGAUAAUAGGAAAUGCGAUCACUCCCUUCAUGCUUGAAAGAGUAAAAGAACUAACUGGAGGAUCUUCCUUGGAAGCUAAUAUUGCACUUGUUAAGAACAAUGCUCUUAUUGGUGCGAACAUUGCUGUUGCCCUUUCUAACCUUCAGCAGAGAGAAAUAAGCAGAAUGGGAAGAUCCGCGUUGUAGGGUUACGCUCGCGGAUGGAGUAGCACAGGAAGCAAACCAUUUACGAGGAUGGAAGCUAGCUGCAGGUUGGGAACUGGAUGUGAUUGAGAUGUGUCUGAGUCUGACAAGAAUAGGUUGCCUGCCACUUUGGCACCGUAAUGAGAUGUAGGCCAUCAAUGUACUAUAAUUAGAUGUUUUUUGGGAUGUAAUCUGAAUUUGGAUGGUUCUCUAUACUGAAAUCAUCUGCUUUGUGAGCGGAAUUAUGGAAUGGUUUUGGCACUUCCAUUUGAUACAUGUAGUAUGUGCAU